AUGACCUCCAGAGACCUGGCUGUGGGGAUCUUCUUCCUGUCUCAGACUGCACUGGGAAUGCUGGGGAACUCAGCCUUGCUUUGCUGUUUUAUCAUUGCUGACUUCUCUGGAAUCAGGGCAAAGCCCACAGACCUGAUUGUCAAACACCUGACCUGGGCCAACUUCAUUGUUCUCUUCAAAGGAAUCCCACAGACCACUGCUGCUUUUAGUCAGACUUACUAUGUAGAUUAUGUUUCAUGUAAAGUUACCUUAUAUUUUCAUAGAGUUGCCAGAGGAGUAUCCCUUGGCUCUACAUCCCUUCUGAGUGUCUUUCAGGCCAUCACCAUCAAUCCCAGUAAUUCCAAGUGGGAACAGCUGAAGAUCAGAGUCCCCUGGAUCAUUGGCCCUUCCCUAGGCUUGUGCUGGGCCCUCCAGAUGAUGGUAUAUGCCUUCAUUCCGGUGUAUAUAACUGACAUAAGGGGUAGGAGAAAUGUUACUGCUAUGAAAUUUUAUGCUGUUGAGAGUCCUGCGAGACCAAUCAAAACACUUACUGUAAUCCUAUUGACAUCCAAUGAUGUCAUGUUUUGGGGACUGAUGAUGUGGGCCAGUGGCUACAUGGUGUUUAUCUUGCUCAAACACAAGCAGAGGGUCCAACACAUCCACAGAUUUCAGUCUCUUAGGUCAUCCCCUGAGACCAGAGCCACUCGAACUAUCCUUACUCUAGUGAGCAGCUUUGUGCUCUUCUAUGUAAUGUCUAUUGUCUUUACAUUUUAUCUCUCUAUCUUUGAUAGAUCUAGUAGGUUGCUGUCUGAUGCAGGUGUAGCCAUGGCUGCAUGCUUCCCAGCAUUUUGCCCUUUUCUGCUCAUUAGACACCACACCUCCACUUUCAGGCUCUGCUGUCCCAGUUCUUACCAGACAACACCCUGUCCUUGUGUUGUCAGGGAAUUCUAA